AUGAUGCGAAUGGUGUACUACGUGCUAGUGGCAGCGCAGCUGCUACUUUGCUCCAGCAUAGUCAACGCUGAUGCUGUAAUGGAUCUCUGGACGAAAGGCCAGACGGCACUAGAUGCGCAGCUGGCGAAGUCAAAGACCUGUUCCAAAGACAGGCUUCAAGUCCGAAAGGAAUGGGGUGACCUUACAAAUGGAGAGAAGUCGAACUACAUCAAUGCUGUGCUGUGCUUGACACAAAAACCUUCGAAAUUGAAUCCCGGGAGAUAUCCAGGAGCUAGGACCCGAUAUGAUGAUUUUGUUGCUGUUCACAUGAAUCAAACUCUCAAUAUCCAUGGCACUGGAAACUUUCUUUCCUGGCACAGGUAUUUCACGUGGAUGUAUGAGCAGACACUGAGAAACGAAUGCGGAUAUAACGGAACACAGCCGUAUUGGAACUGGGGAAGAUGGGCUGCAGAUCCAGAGACGUCGCCCAUAUUUGACGGUUCGAUGCUAAGCAUGAGCGGCAACGGACAAAAGACAACACACCAGGGCAUGAUGGUCACUGGGAAUGGAGGAGGAUGUGUUACAUCUGGACCUUUUAAAAAUAUGACGGUGAAUCUAGGUCCAAUGAGCCCUGCCAUUUCUCCAGCACCUCCAACCAACCCGCAAAGAGACGGAUUUGGAUACAACCCGAGAUGCCUGAGACGAGACAUCAGCAACCAGCUGAGUUCGCGGUACUCUCGCACGCAAGAUAUCGUCAACCUUAUCACUUCAAGCACUGGCAUCGCUGCUUUCCAGAAUUCGCUGCAAAGCUCGGCUCCGGUGGGUGUCCACGUCGCUGGGCACUUCACUAUCUCAGGAGAUCCCGGUGGUGAUUUCUACACCUCACCUGGGGACCCCGCCUUCUGGCUCCACCACGGCAUGAUCGACAGGACAUGGACUAUUUGGCAAAUGCAGGACCUUGCCAACAGGCAACAAGUGAUUGCAGGCGGAACAUCCAUGAUGGGAUUUGGAAGUAAGGCACAGAGCCUGGAUGACAAUAUCGAUCUUGAUGUUGUAGCACAGAAGGUCUACAAGAUUCGCGACUUGGUGAGCAUUGUGGAUGGGCCCUUCUGUUAUUACUAUGCUUGA